AUGAUCAUAACGAGGUAUUUGGUGACCAAGCGGUCCAGGCUUCUGAACUUUCGCCUGCUUGUCCUGGCAGCGCUGGCCGCGUCAGGAUUUGCAGAGGAGACCCAUGGGGCCUUGAAGGCAGACGACGAGUGUCGCGCUGAGGAUGGCGAAGGCUGUGGCCUCAGCGCGCUGCAGCUUCGAGGCACCUCCAAGUUCAGUCCCGUCUCUGACGACAUCAUGGAUGAGCUGGAGGACCCAGAUGACGAGGAGGAUGAAGAAGAGGAGACUACGACUACGACGACCGAGCCAAAGGCGGAGGAGGAGCCUGAGAAGGAGGAGCAGGAGGAGGACGACGAGAACGCCCCCGAUACCGAGGAGGACCAGCCAGCUGAAGGGGAGGAGGAUGUGACAACCACCACGGUAGAAGGUGAACCGCACCCUGAGGAUGCGAACUGCGCCCAAGUCGAUCAACAGUGCGGCGGACAGUGGUACUACGGCCCACAGUGCUGCCCACAUGACCACAUCUGCUACGAGGUGAAUCAGUACUACUCAAAGUGCGUCACCCACGAGACAGCUGAGGAGAUGGCCAAGCACGAGACUACGACCACCACCACGACCACGAAUGCUGACCCACAGAAUUGCCGCAUGGGAUAUCAGCAGUGCGGUGGCACCAACCAAGACACGAAGAUGAACUAUACUGGCACCACCUGCUGCCAUGCCGGCUUCUUUUGCAAGCAGGUCGAUCGUUUCUACUCCCAGUGCGAACCGGUGGACAAGAACAGCUCCUUCAUGCCCUAUGAGCCCACGGAGCAGCUUCAGGAGAACAGCAAUGCCACGUUGUUCACCUUUUACGUCUACCGCGCAGCCACCGAGGAUGAUGACUACGUUGAGAACAUCAACGUGGGAGAUCUUGGUGGCACCUUGUGGUACCUGCACAACGAGGUCGUGUGGGAGAGGCCCCGCAAGUUUGGCAUCAGCAGGAUUCUCCGCUACAAGAUCCAGACACGUGCCCCGCAGCCUUUGUACGACCUGGGAAUGAACUUCGGUGUCCGCUUCUCCUACGAUGCUGCUCAGUGCACAGGCCCUUGGUCGUGUGACGUGAACUACGAGAAGUUCGGGUACUUCGUCGGAUGCAACAAUCUUGGCAUGUUCCCUUUCCCCACCUAUGACACACACUAUCCCAACGCCAAGUGGUUUGCGCUGCCUGGAGAAUGCUCCUCCAAGAAAUUCGAGGACAAGGAUGAGAAGUGCAAGGUGGAGCAGCCGGGAGGGCGCUGCGAGGGUACCCCAACUGGUCAAGGCAACUGCACCUACAGCAUCGAGCUCAUCGGCAAUAUGUCGCUGGAUGAGAUCGAGGGAAUUCCUCCCUAUGAGAUGUUCAUCCACAUGGCAGGAGAGCAUGUUGAGUACAACAAGACAACGGACAAGGGUGUUGGCGUGACAUUCUGGGAUGGCAUCAACGACACGGCCAAGAAUGUGGAGCGCAUCGAGAGAGUCCGCAUGCUUUUUGAGCACCACUAUCCCGACCAGGCCCUCGAUGAGGACAUGACGCCUCCGGCCUGUGACUUUGAUUUCGAGGUCUUCUACGGAACCUCCACCACCACAACCACUACUGUUGGCACCACCACCACCACACUCAGCACUGAGUCAACGACCACAAAGUUUUGGUUCUACCCUACAUCAGCUGCCCCCACCACGGAGACAGAGGCGGCCACAUCCGAGGAGGUAACGACUUCUGAAGAGACCACGGGUGCCCCAAUCGUGACCACCACCACCACAACCACCACUACCACCACUGUCGAGGCUGUGUCAACCACCGCAGAGACCGUAAAUGCCACUACAGAGGCCGCUACCGAAGUUGCGGAAACAACCACUCUUGGACCUACGACAACUCCAUAUGGCUGCAAGGAUGCCACCAUCGGCUCACAUUGCUACUCAUCGGUGGUGUGGGCCAUGGAGCACGGGCUCAAGUUGCACCCAACUUGGUAUCCUGGCCUCACCUCCGAGUCCACCUUCGCUGAGUUCCAGGGCCGGGUGCACUUGGUCACGCCGGACGUGUGCCCAGUGCCUUGCACGGCCCACGCUGGCUGCCACGAUGCUGUGGAGGGUGAGUCCUGCUACUCUGCCGUGAAGUGGGCCAUGAAGUCCGGCAUCAAGAGGCAUCCCAAGUGGAGCUUUGGCUGCUCAAAACGGGGCUUUUGGGUAUUUGGAUAUCUUCGAUCUGUUGCUUCUCAGGCUUUGGACAGGUUUAUUGUUUUCGUGCGGUUUCAGGAUUCAUGGCUUAUCAUGGUUCCCUUCAACAAGGAGAGGCAUGCAUACUGA